AUGGUGACGACAGGAUAUUGCCCUGAGGACGAAGCGGUCUGGGUGACCGUGGAGGGUCAGAGCUUCUUCCGGACCCGGGAUUUGGUGCAGCUUCUGGACGGAGGUGAUGGCCGCUUCAUCUACCAUGGACGCAAGGAUCGCGCCACAAAGUGGCAUGGUCAAUGGCUGGACUUGGCCCAGUUGGAGAAAAGGAUCCAAGAUUUGGAGGGUGUGCGCGAAGCGUGUUUGGUGGAGCACGGCGCCGAGCUGCACGUCUUCGGCGUCCUGCAGUGCUCGCACCGCGCGGCGGAGCUGCCCCGGCAGAUGCAGACGCUCCAGACGUUGCGCCAAUUGCUGCCUUGGCCCUGCGCCGUGCACCUGCGGCAGCGGCUGCCGCGCAGCGCAGCGGGGAAGAUGGACGUCCAGGCGCUCGAGGCAAGCUUGACCUCAUGCGGAGCUGCCACCGCCAAAGAAGCCGACGCCCAGCGCUUCGGGCAAACCUGCCGUCGCCAUUUGGGUCUCAUGCUUGGCGCCCUGCUGCUGACCCUCAAUGGGGAGGCCCUUGUGCACUGGAUGGUCCGCAGACGAGGCAGAAUCCAAUGGCUGAGGCCUCUCAGCCUGGCAUUUGCUUGGCUGGCGCUGGCCUACGGGGACUCGGCGGAAAGGCCCGGGCCCUUCUCCAGGUUGGGGGUCCUAUUGGUCCUUCAUGCGCUCCCCGGUACUGCCAUGCGUCAGCUCCGCUGGGCGCUGGCGCUGGGUGGCCUCCUCUUGGCGCGGCGUGAAGGGCGGGCGGCCAGCUGGCCGCUGGUCUUUUGGUGUGGCAUUGGCACAUCACUCGACUUCGAACUCACGAGCGCCUUCCGACAUGGCAUGCUCUACGGGCUGCUGAGGCACGCACGCUGGAGCGCCGACUGGCUGAAUGAGGCCAUCCAUCAGCUGCUGAGCCGCGCCACGCCGCCUUUUGCCUUUCGCCUUUCGCUCCUCCGUCGCCAGCGUCGCCGCUGGGGAACGACCUCGAGGAGCACGAGCUGCCAAUGGGAAGAGUAUCCCAAGAGUGAGCGCGACCAACUGUACUACGACCAGUGGAUUGCACAAAGCCUGGAGAAAGCCGAGGCCCCUGCAGCGCCCGCGCCUGGCCUGCCGGGCCCGCGUCGCGCACCGCCCGCGCCCACGUCCGACGAUGCGAUCGCGGUGACGUUCUCACGGGGCGCCGUGGACUGGGCCUUGCAGGUCCUGGCGCCGUCGGCCUCCGCGUCGGCGUCCUCGUCGGCGGUGCCAGCGCUCAAUGCUCGGGCAGAGCGGGUUUUGAACGUUUUGGAGCAAGCCGUGCCCGGACUGGAUCCGGACGCAUCGCUCAUUGGAUUGGACAGUUUGAAGGCGAGCUUCCUCAGCAGCGCCCUGCACAAACGCUGUGGCCUCCGGCUGAGUGGCCAACAGGUCCGACAGGCCUCGUCCCUCCGUGCCCUGGCCGACCUGGCGACGGCUGUGCCGAUGCCGCCGGCGCGGCGGGAGCGCACGCCGGAGAAGGCGGAAGAGUACAGGAUUUGGUUCACGCCCGGGCAGUACCAGCCCAUGAGCCCCUGGCUCACACGCUCCAAUCGCUUCGCACGUCCCGACGCGGCGCUUCUUCAGCGCGCCACAGCGGCGCUGCAGCAGCGGCACCCGGCGCUGCGGGCCACGUGCGAAGGGCCUAUGGCGCUGAGAGCCUUCGUGCUUACAGUCUCGGUGCUCCUGUGCGCCGCAGACGAGGUGGGCCUCUUUGGUCCACUGGCGCAGCUGCGGAGGGUGUUGGGAAGAGCUUUGUUGCGUGUUUGGCCAAAGGUCAAGGUGCCUUCGGCCAAGACUCCGGAGCAACGACCUGUGGCGACGAACGCUCUCGACGUGGGUUACGCCCCCAGGAGCAAGGCGCUCGACCUCUCCGCGCCCUUCGACGUGGUCGACCUCUACGGAGGUCAGCAAGAGUUGGAGAAGAAGAUGCACAGUCGAACGAUGUGUCCACCGUUUGAAGUGAUCCUUCUGCAGUUGCACUUGCCCAUCGAGGGCGUGUGGGACUGCGAAGGUGGACACAUCUCCAUCUUUCGUGAGGGUGAAGACUUGGUCUAUGUGGACCCCAUUCGCUGGCGCUCGGCCAAGCUACAUCCAGCCUCAAGCGCAUGGUUGCUGCAGGGGCGCCUACAACAGGACGGUGAGGUCUUCUUGCGCUUCCCCACACCCGAGGAGCUCCAGGGCUGCUUUUGCUUGAGGCCGCAAGGCACGUGGCACCGCUUCCAUGCCAGCCGCAUCGCACAGCGCCACGAUUCAUUGGAGACCUUCUCCUUUGUGAUGAUCCAAUGCUAUCACGCCUUUGGCGACGGAUACUGUUACUCGCCCCUGGCCUCCGAUCUGUUCGAGGCCUAUGAGGCCGUGACAUCGCAGGAGAAGGCCGAUCAGUUGAUGCAGCCGGGCCCCCGCGACGGCACGGGCGAGGCGCUCGCCGUGUUGCAACGUCGCUUGGAGGAGACGCUGCUGGCAGGGCCUGAUCCCAGCCGCGCCUCGCUCCGAGGAAACCUGUGGAGUGCAUGGUUCAAUGGCUAUUCCUCUCACUUGUCCAUUGAAGGGGAGACCUUGGCAGUGCUCAAGGCAAUUGCGGGGAGAUAUUCGAUCCCCAUGAAUUAUCUCUUGCUCGCAAUUGUGAUUGCAGCCAAAGCGAGGGCCUCUCACGAGAUGGAGGUGGACUUGACGCUUUAUGUACCGAUGCGCGAUGGAAUGGAAGCUGGCAUGGUGGGCCUCUUCGCCGACUGGCGCGACGUGUCGGUGGCCGCGCCCUGGGACGGCACGGUGCUGCAGCUGCUGCUGGAGGUCUACGAUGUGCUGCGGCUGCGGAGGUGGAAGGUCUUCAACCCCUUGCGAAAAGCGGAACGGACGGUGGUGAACUUCGACCUGAGGGAUCCACGGGCACUCUCCACGGCGGGCUUUGUGCAAGUGCCAGAGGCCUUUUGGCGAAGUCCCUACCGAGCCAAUUGGAACCAAUGGGAGUGGCUACAUCAGCCACUGCAAUUUGAUGUGGUGGAAGAGCACAGCGAACGCUGGUGUAUUCACGCGCGGAUGUCAUAUCAGCAUUACCCGCCCCAGUGGCGGCGCCGAUGGAUCCAGGGCAUUCAGGAUGCGACCUACGAUGCCGUCUUUCAGCCCUGGCAGCAGGUCCACAAGCCCUUCGAAUGA